GCCGCGUUCGGAAUACCACGAUUUUUUCGGUAUCAUUCGUGGAGUUGGCCGGGGAGUUCCGAGUAAAUGUGGGAAAGGCCAUCGGCUUGAAUUCCGGUAGGAUGUCGGUUCGUGUCCAGUCUCAGUGUGAGUGCACAGUUUAAUGAGAAGAGUGCACAGAAACAUCGAUUGUACCUGCCAUCCAGCGUAUGUGAAAAACAACCGCCAUAAAACAUGCAAGACCUCAACAGUUUAAAUUACUAGGAAGUCUAGAGCCAGCUAGUGGCCAUUGAAUAGUCUAUUAUCUGCGGCUAUAAAACGUGCGGGUAGCGGUAACGAGGAAGUCAUUUCGCUCAACACAGAACCAUGGACGGACCGGUAUUGCAGAUCGGCGUUAUUUGUUUCAUACUUCACGGAAUGGUGUCCGGAGUUCCGCCCGAGUACCUCCAAAAAAGAAAACACAUCAUAGACACAGAGGAACGGCAGCGCCUUGGGGGAACUUUGGUGUUGAACGCGAAGGAACAAAAAGUGAACGCUGUGUUAAUGGCAGCGAAACGGAAAGAGAUCGAAUUAUCCCGAGAUACAGGGAAGAUCUUCCCGCCUGCCAUCAGCUUCUUCCAGGCCAAGAAGUUGAUCGAUCACAGUGCGGUGUUUAGUAUUAUUAAACGAAUGCCAAAAGGCGGAGCACUACACACACACGAUUCGUCUAUCACCAGUUUGGACUGGUUAGUGACAAAUGUCACUUACCGACCCCACUGUUACAUGUGUUACACAGAGAGUGGAGAUGUCAUGUUUUACUUCUACGCCAAACCACCGACUAAUACAGACUGUCACUGGAAGACCGUCGCUUCACAACGCCAAGCGUCCGGAGAUGCCGAUCGUUUUGACCAACAAUUAGUUAGAAACAUCUCCAUCAUCGUGGACGACCCCAGCUCUGCGUACCCGACGGUGGACGCCGUGUGGAAGAAGUUCGUCAAGUAUUUCCAGGCUGUGAACGGCCUGCUGAACCACGCCCCGGUCUUCAGGGACUACUGGCGCCAGGCCCUGGAGGAGUUCAGACACGACAACGUCCAGUACCUGGAAGUCAGAGCACUUUUACCAACGACGUACGAGCUGGACGGAACGCACCAUGGAGCCGAGUGGGCCUUAAAUACAUACCGUAACGUCACGAGGGAGUUCGUCGCGGAACAUCCCGACUUCAUCGGAGCCAAGCUCAUUCAUAGCGCAGUAAAAUUUAUCAACAAACAAGCGAUGCUUCCAAACGUAAAAGAGGCCAUGGUGUUUUUAAAGAAGUACCCCGACUUUUAUAAAGGAUUUGAUCUAGUUGGCCAGGAAGGUCUGGGUAAAACACUGCUCUACUACUUGGACGACCUUCUGUACCCAUCACAGCAAAACCCACCCGUAUACCUGCCAUAUUUCUUCCACGCAGGGGAAACAGACUGGGAGGAGACACAGGUGGAUGACAACCUGGUGGACGCCAUACUGCUGAAUACGUCCAGGAUAGGUCACGGGUUCGCCAUCCACAAACACCCACAGGUCAUGAAGAUCAUCAAACAGCGAGACAUUGCUGUCGAGGUUAACCCCAUAUCUAACCAGGUGUUGGGACUCGUGAAAGAUUUGCGAAACCACGCCGCCGUAUUACUAAUAGCUGAGAACUACCCUCUAGUGAUCAGUUCGGACGACCCUGCCGUGUGGGAGGCCACUCCCCUGUCACACGAUUUUUACGAGGCCUUUAUGGGGAUGACAGGCGAACAGACGGACCUGACGUUCCUUAAACAGCUGGCAAUCAAUUCUAUAAAAUACAGCGCCAUGAACCAGCAGGAAAAGCAAGCAGCAAUGAAACUAUGGCAGAGGAAAUGGGACAUGUUUAUUGAUGCGACCGUACACCAACAUUACUAUAUUCAUAUACCUGGUAUCAUGGGCUGAUUCUUGUAUUACAAUUUUUAAUGAACUUGACAUAAUUAUUAUCAAUAAAAAGAGAAGGAAAAAGCA